AUGGGUACACCUCUGGCAAAUGUUUUUUUGGUGUUGUUUUUUCAUUUGACUGUAUUUCCCACAGCAGUUGAUUCAAUCACAGUAGCCGAGCAGUUGAAGGAUGUCAUUAUGCAAGGUUACGACAACUCCAUCCGCCCUGUUGUCAAUGAAAAGGAAGCUCUCAUUGUCAAUAUUUCCCUCAAUUCCAUGUCUGUCCUUGUUCUCGACCCUGCCGAAGAAACCGUCAGUUUCUCAUCUGAAUUCAUUCUUCAAUGGACGGAUGAAUUCAUUUCAUGGAAUAGAUCCGAUUACAAUGUGACUUGGCUGAAACUCAAAGAAUCUUUCCUCUGGACUCCCGACACUACAGUAUCCACAAGUAUCGACACGAAUUAUUUGAUCGAUUCAGAUGAGAGAUAUGUGUCUGUGAGGCAUGACGGACUGGUCAGACAGAGCAUUUACGCGGUUUUUGUGAAUCUUUGUGAUAUGAAUGUGGACAGAUUCCCGUAUGAUCAACAGACAUGUAUGGUGAAGAUGGGACCGUGGAGUUACACGAAAGAGGAGGUCACGUGUGUCAAUGGACCAAGUAUCGAGGCAAAUGAAACUUAUUUUGGGGAUUUUCAGGGUAACUCUGAAUGGGAUUUCGAAGGAAUCAUCAGUUCAGUGGGGCAAACUGAGGAUCCUGAUGUGAAUUUCACAUUUUCGGAGGUUCAUUUUGCGUUAACGGUAAAACGACGUCCCUUGUUCUACGUAUGGGUUCUCCUCAUCCCCACGUAUAUCAUCACUGUCGUUUGUAUAUUUGGACUGUUCACACCGACAGCUAACCAUGGAUUGAGAGAGGAAAGAGUCAAUUUGGGUAUCACUACACUCCUGUCAUCAGCUGUUAUCCUACAAAUUGUGGCAAAUGCGAUGCCGAAAACUUCAGAACUUCCGUUGUUGGGAAACUUCAUCCUCGCCGAAAUCUUCGUCGUCGCCAUCGGUGUCCUCUGUUCUGUUCUCGUCUUGACUCUCCAUCAACGAGCUCACACACGUGAAUGGAAACCACCAGCAUGGAUGUUAUGGAUCCUAAGAAUGACUGGAUCAUCGAAGUUCCUGUCAAGGAAUAUCACGAAAAUUCGACAUAAAAGUAGUACGGCCGAAAGGAUUCAUUAUACUGGAGAGGGCGCCUACCUCUUCAAAAACCUCGACGAAUCUCUGCAAUCUGUGCGUGAAUACAUCCAGGAGGAAGAUCGUGACUACUUCAGAGAACUCACUUAUAUCAAGUUUUUCGAUCGACUCGAUUUCCUUCUUCUCGUCAUUUUUCAAGUUGGAAAUGCGCUUGUUACCUUGUUUUUAGUCAAACAAUAA